GUCAAGUUAGUGUGAAGUUGUGAAAAGUUGUCAACCCCGAGAAAAAAAAGAAGAGAAACUCCUCCCGUCUUCAAAUUAUGAGCAAUCAGCAGCAGGGUGAAAUGGCCGCUGCAGAGAGCGGUGGAGGCUUCAGUCAAAAGCGAAACACAAACUCACAAGACUCGCAGCAGCCAUCUCCUCUUGCCUUGCUGGCAGCCACAUGCAGUCGGAUUGACACACCAGGAGAGAAUGAUUCACCUGCUGACCAACAACAGCAACACCAGCAGCAACAGCUGGACAUGAAUCAAGGUGUUUUCACCUCCAGUGCCAAUGGCUGGCAGGUUAUCCCUCUCGGUGUUCAAGCGACCUCAGGCACCAACACCAUCACCACCGAUUCUUCAGGGGUGAUGACGAUCGGAGAUGCAGGAAAGAGCAGACAGGUGCAGUCACCAUCAGCAGUUGCUGUAAGCACUCAGGGACAGCAGCAGCAGGCACAGCAAUAUGUAGUUGCUCAGGCUCCAUCACUGCAGGGUCAGCAAUUGCUCACCACCCUAUCAGGUGUGAUGCCCAACAUUCAGUACCAGGUUAUUCCUCAGUUUCAGACAGUAGAUGGGCAACCUCUGCAGUUUGCACAGGCUCAGCACGAUUCUGGUGUUUCUGCAGCAGGACAAGGACAGCAGUUUCAGAUAGUGUCCUCUCCCAAUGGCCAGCAGAUAAUAGCUGCAACUAACAGAGCUGGUGGAGGAGGAAACAUCAUAACGAUGCCCAGUCUCAUUCAGGGAGCAAUCCCCAUACAAAAUAUUAGCUUAGGCAAUGGCGUAUUACAGAACCAGCCCCAGUUCCUCGCAAAUAUGCCUGUGUCACUAAAUGGAAACAUCACUUUGUUGCCCGUCAGUGCUGGAGCCAGCGGUGCAGGUGGAGAUGCAAAUGGUGGAGGGGAUACAGGGGGAAACCAGCUUAUACAGCAGCCAGUGUCUUCCAACAGUGGGGCAGGUUACAUGACAAGUGCGUCCACUGUCACCACGCAGACGACGUCUUCUUAUGGAAUGACCCAAACACACAACAGUAAUGUAGCAGUGACGGGGACAUUACAGCAGAACACAGCAUCUUCUCUGGGCAUCCCUAUACAGCCAGACAACAGAGACGGACAGCAGCCACAGCAGAUCCUUAUCCAACCUCAGCAAAUUAUUCAAGGUGGAACACCCCUCCAGACCAUACAGGCAGGUACUGUCACGACUGCAGGCGGUCAAGUAUUUGCUGCUCCAACUCUCAGCCAGGAAGGGCUUCAAAACCUUCAAAUUAUGCCAAACACAAGCCCCAUCCUGCUGCGCACUGUUGGGCCCAAUGGCCAGGUGAGUUGGCAGACCAUUCAGAUCCAGAGUCCAGCAGGAGCACAGAUCACACUGGCCCCGAUGCAGUCUCUCUCGCAGCUGGGCCAGACUCAGGGACCUGCUGCAGCUGUCAACACUGUGCAGAUCCCGAGCCUCCAAACCAUAAAUCUCAACUCACUCGGCAGCUCAGGGCUGCAGAUGCACCAGCUGCAGGGUCUUCCCAUCACCAUCGCCAGCACAGGAGGAGAACAGGCAUUGCAGAUGAGCGGUGAAAGUUUGGAUGAUAGUACAGCCAUUGGUGAGGAUGUAAGCCCUCCUCCUCAAGGACGACGUAACCGCAGAGAAGCCUGUACCUGCCCCUUCUGCAAGGAUGGAGAAGGACGUGACCCAACUAAAAAGAAGCAGCACAUUUGUCACAUCACCGGAUGUGGGAAGAUCUACGGCAAGACAUCCCACCUGAGGGCUCACCUCCGCUGGCACACGGGAGAACGGCCCUUCGUCUGCGGCUGGUCUUUCUGUGGCAAACGAUUCACCCGUUCAGAUGAACUUCAGCGCCACAAGAGGACGCACACAGGUGAGAAGAGGUUUAUUUGCCCAGAGUGUCCAAAACGCUUCAUGCGCAGCGACCACCUCUCCAAGCACAUCAAAACCCACUUAAACAAGAAAACAGCCACCGUCGCCAACAACAGCACCACAGUUUCGACUGAUGCUGGUUCCCCUGCGGCAGGAACGGAAGCCGGCACUGGAGCAGUGUCGGCCAGUGACCAGCACACCAUUGUCACCAUGGAAACCUUAUCUGCAGAGAGCAUAGCUCGAUUAGCCAGCAGUGGGAUCAACAUGAUGCAGGUGGGCCUUCACCAGAUUAAUGGCAACAGCUACUAAGAACGGAGGAGGAGCAGGACGAUGGCCUUGGUGGACGUUGUAUUUGGACGUUUCAGGUUAAAAAGGGCACGUCUGACUGCAGACACAGAACCUCUCAAAGGCUUUAGGCGGGAGAAGUGGUCACAAUGCAACAUAAGACACUAUUGAGAACUGAGGCAGAAAUGCUGAUUUCCGUCUUCCCAGGUAUCUGUGGCAUUUAAAGAUCAUAGGUGGUUGAGUUGGAUUAAAAUGUUAGACUAGAGAAAUCAUCAUGAAAUCUUAUUUCCCCUGAGUGGAAAUGGCAAUACACUAACAUUUGUCCCACACGAAGCACCAAUCUUAAUUGAUAAUGGGAUUGCAAUAAAACACACAGACCAGCUCACUUGACGUAGAAUUGUUAGUAAUAUUCUCUCUACAGCCGUCUUUAGUAAAGAGAUGACACUACUAAGUCAGACUCUCACCCUUGUUUCCAAGGAUGUGAGCUUUGCAAACUUCUGCCCCUCUUUACCUCAGGUGGUUCUUGCCCUCUCAAACUGGGCUGCUAUAUAUAUCAUGCGUGCCCCUCAGGUUAACUAGCCCUCAUCAUCCCAUAAUGCUGAAUUCCCCUGUAAAGCUAAAGUGGAAUAUUAUCAUCAUAACCUCUGGCAGCAAACAUUUAGCUCUCUGAAUGUGUUCACAAACUAACAAUCUCACUAUCAUAGGAAUAAUAUGUGAAGCGUUUUAGGAGUUUAGAAGUGGGCUGGAGUACAUUAGGUCAUGACCUGGUCAGAGCCAGAAGCACUAAUCAGUGUGAGGAUGUAGGUGUUUAAGAGCACUGAAAUCCUGAGAAUAACUGUUUAACCUCUUGUGUAGGUACACACAUCCAAGCCAUCAUGCUUUGAUAUGUUUAUCAUAGCAAAAAAAACCUUUUUGAUUUUUUUUUUAUGUGUAUAUAUAUAUAUUUGCUAAUGUAAAGGCUACAGAAAUUCUUAGUAUAGGCAGGAUCAUCUUACGUGAUUGUGAGAAAUUGCCUUUCAGUUGUAUGAACCUCUCAUGCACAAUCAAUCUUAAUCUUAUGUUAUAACUUUUAUAUAUAUAUGUAGAUUAAAUGUGUAAACUUUAAGAGCCUUUUCUGUCAUAGAAUAAUGUAUUCUAUACAGUCCUGAUCUUCCCAGUACUUUCUUUCUGUGGUAUACUUAUUAUCUGAGACUUUGCCUUGCAGUCACAUCAGUUUCUUUUGUGGAGAAUUGUUUAGUCAUAUCUGCUCAGAGUGAAGUAUUUUGUAAUAAUGACCAGACAGCAUAAAUAUGUAAGCUCAAACCAAAGGUUCAUACUCAGUUUAUAAGCAAAACUAGGAAAACUGUCUUUGGUCCAUGAACUUUCUAAUACAUUUUACACUUGUAAUGCAUACAUUUAAGUUCUAACUGGAAAAUAUCCAGCUUAAAGGCAAACCUCGGCGCACAUCCCUUUGUUGUCCAAAUAAAUAAGUUGAAAAAUAUAGUAAGGGUCAAGGUUUUUCUGAAAAGAUGUGCUUCUCACCAUUGUAUUCAUUUUGUGAUCUGCUUAAUUUGAGGAACAAUUGUAAAUUUCAUGUCAGAAAAUGUGUUUAAAAACUCUCCUUUGAAACUCUACAGACUAAGUUCAUUGGACAACAAGUGCUCUUAUUUCUUUUUGCCCCAUUUUAAAUAAGGGAUUUUAUAUUGUGUGUAUUCUACUACUGCAAAUGCCAACAGCUGGAUUAAAAUUAUGAAUUUA